ACAAACAAAAUGCCCUACAAAAAUCUCACCAUUGAUAGCCACUCAUCCCAGAAAUGGCGAUUCUCAGCUUCUGCUUCUGUUGUUCAAAACUCCCCUCAAAUCCAAAACUUCACAAUCUCCAUCUUUCCCCACAAACUCAUCAAGCUACAUCACAGGUUUCUCUAAAAUCAGCUGAAUCUUCGAGAAAUGGUUUCAUAUCAUUAAGCGAAUCAAUCUCAAGAGCAAGUUUUCUGGCCCUUCUCUCUGCUUCACUCUUCUUUGCUUCAGAUCCUGCUUUAGCCUUUAAAGGCGGAGGCCCUUACGGUGCUGGAGUAACAAGGGGCCAAGAUCUAACAGGGAAGGAUUUUAGUGGGAAAACGUUAAUCAAACAAGAUUUUAAAACUUCAAUACUCAGACAAGCUAAUUUUAAAGGUGCGAAGUUACUCGGAGCUAGCUUCUUUGAUGCCGAUUUAACUGGUGCUGAUCUAUCUGAUGCGGAUCUUAGAGGUGCUGAUUUCUCCUUAGCUAAUGUGACUAAGGUGAAUUUAAGCAAUGCUAAUUUGGAAGGAGCACUUACAACGGGGAAUACAUCUUUCAAGGGUUCCGUUAUACAAGGAGCAGAUUUCACCGAUGUUCCUCUAAGAGAAGAUCAACGGGAAUACCUUUGCAAAUUUGCUGAUGGAGUGAAUACAGUUACUGGUAAUGCAACACGAGAGACAUUGCUUUGCGAAUAGCUUUGUGUAGUGUAAGCUUUGUACUCCUUAUAAUUUUCCCUGUAUAUGAGGCUGGCUAUUCAACCUGUUAAUGAGGUUCCACAUAAACAUCAGCAGGUGGAACCCGUAUUCGGUUUGAUUAUAUUUGAUCAAAUUGCCAUAUAGCUUGUAUUUUGCAUUAUUAUGGUUCACUUGCAAGGCACAAAGAUUGAUUUGGAUGACUUGUCAUGGUGGCUUGAUAUCUCUGACGUCUUUGAUAGUUAAAGACUUGUUAAAAUGAUGAUUUGAAAUCCUUUAACAUUGCGGCACUUAUCCCAAUGUAAUACGAUCUCUAAUAAUCCAUUUAAGUUACUUUGUUGCUCAAACUAAUGAUUCAACUGCUUCCAUUAUGGUUAACCUUUGGAAUCUUGAAGGGGAGUAGGUAAUAUCACUUCUCCACUUAAGCCCUGUUAUCCCAAAAGGUUCAAGAUUCCAAAGCUUAGCUAUAAAGGAGGGAGUUGAACUAGCAUUAGUUCGAUCAGCAAAGUACCUUAUAUGAAUUAGAGAUUGUAUUUCACUGCGAGAAGUACCAUCAAUGUUGAAGGAUUCCAAAUCCAACAAUUUAACAAGUUUGAACCUGUCAAAGAUGAAGGAGAUAUCACGCUGCCAUAACUAGCUAUCCUAAUCGAUCUCAUUGAAUGAUGAAGACUACAUUUUGAGUGAGAUGGCCACCACACAUCAAUCUGAUCCUGGUAAGAAUGAAACAAAAUAGAAUUUGUUGAUUGUUUGUGAAUUAUGCUUGUCGGAUUCUUAUUGCUGUGUGAUCCAAAAAGUAUUCCAUGAUCACGGGUUGAUGUUGUGGUACAAUCAAUCCUCAACAUUUCCUAUUCAGAGGAAUAUUGGAGAUCCCCACAUGCCUCCAUUAUCAUGCUUCCUAGGUCAUUAUCAAUGGAACUGCCACCAAGCCAUUAUACUGGCAAAGUGUUGUUAUCUUCUCACUGUCCUUCAGUUUGCAAAGUCACAAGUUUUCAGUAAAUUGCCUCUGAAAUGAAAUGGGGUCUUCAGUUUUCGGUUUAUCACAUUUUACAUGAUUAAAAACUAGAAGAAAGAUGAUAAUAAGUCCUGGCCUUCAUUCCCUGCUAAAGAGUGGUGGUAGAAGUGCAAAAUUGAGCUCAACCAGCAUCCACGUAUCAGCUUUAGAUGACAUAGUAGUAUGAACUCGCUCUUUACCAUGGCACUCUAUCUCGGCCUGCCCUUAAAUUCCCACCAACCCAAGUGCUGCAACAAAGCUCUGCAUUGGCGGUCCAACAGUAUCUAUGGAUCUUGUGAACUUCAACACACUUCAUCUUUCAGCAUUCUUCUUUUCCUGUGUACUUGAGUUUCACCAGAAACAGGAUAGUAGACAUAAAGGAUAAAAGCAGCAAUGGUAGUGAUUAUGUUUUGCCUGCCAUAUUAACACAAAGAUCCUGCAAGCUGGGAUUUUGCUAAUUUGCAGUUGGAUCAACCUUGGGUUGCAUAUUCUUGAAUCUGGAAUUUGUGACCUUUUUUCAGCUCUAGGUUGGGACUUCGAAUUGUCCUAAAUGGUGCAAGUCAGGUGCCAUUAAACCAGUUGAUAUUACCUGCUGGAUCUGUACUUUAUAUAUAUAUAUAUAUCUAUAGUUUUGCAUGCCUUUA